AUGGACUCAGACUACCAUGUAUCACAAGAUGCAGAUGAACAGUUUUACCCAUCCUCUCCACCCAUUCCAAUCAAAUCAAAAUCAACUUCAAAUUUACAUGCACUAAUAGACAAACCGAGUUUUCCAUUUCAUGAUUCCGAUGUAAUAUCCAGCGCAACAACUCCAAUACAUCCAGCGCAUCAUUCUCAUUACGAUAGCAACAACUUGACUGAAUUGAAUCAAGAAGAGAUUAAUAUCCCCCAAUCGUUACAUAGUAUCCCGCCAUUGCCAAGACAAGAAAGUUAUAUCCCUAUAGGUCAAGUAAUUUUACGAUAUUUGGAACGAUGGAUACUUGGAUUAAUUGAAAGACAUAGGGAUGGUCCUUAUUUUUACCCUAUUGCCGUUGCCAUUACGAUAGCUGUUAUAGUAUUGAUUGUGAUACUUGUAUUUACGGGUAAUUUCAAUGCAUUAGUGAGAAUAUUACGACAUUUGAUAUGCGAAUUGAUUCAACUGGUUAGACCAUCAUCUACACUUCAGUUCUGCAAUUAA